GGCGCUCUGCACAAACGUUGGCUCUGCAUGUGCUGUUUUCCGCACGGUUUCACGCGCUUGCAAGCGGCGCAGCGUCGUUGACUGAAUCGACAUAUUGCCGAAACAUUUCCCGACUCUGUUUCACUAAUUGGGACAGAAAUUUCGAUCGAACACCGCUCACAAGUCCCUCACCGUUGAGCAAGUGUGACGUGACGUGUUGUGUGCUCGUUACCGUUUCCGAGACUUGGACUCGAAGAUGAAGGAACGACCGAGUUACGCCUACAGCGAGAGGCUGAUGAAACAGAUGGGCUGGUCAGAGGGCAAAGGAUUGGGAAAAAACGAGGAUGGCUCACCUGAUUUCAUUCGACCGAAGAAAAAGGUGAACACCAAAGGCAUAGGCUUCAACGGUGUUGAUGAUCGUUGGAUCGAGCACCAAGAGGCUUUUGACAGCCUUCUAAGCAACCUGAAUGAUGGAAAUCCAGCAGCUAAACAGGACAAGCUCAUCAGUGUUGAAGAGCGGGCGUUCAAGCUUGGUGGUCGUGUCCACUACUCAAAAUUUCUCAGAGGAAAAGACUUGAGUCAAAAGAAAGAAGAGGACCUCAAUGCCAUCGUGGUCAAGAGGAGAAAGAAAAAAGACUCGGAAAGCGUGCAAGAGGCAGACGUGAGUCGCCAGGAAGACCUGUCAGGAGUGAAAACGCACACUAGCAGCAUGAGCUACCAAGAGUACUUUGCUCAACGCAUGAAUGCAUCGAAACGACGUAAAGGACUUAACGAGAACGGAGACCUGCAGCCUUGCCAAAAGAGCGAAGAGACUGUGGACUGUUCUGGAGGUGAAGACGGCGAGAUAAAGUCGGGAAAGAAAAGCAAGACGUAUGAGAAAAAUAACGCACAGAAUGAACGUACCUCUUGCACAGAUGAGGACGUGGUUGGAACCGGACUGGCACUUAGUGGUGUUUACGCUGAGGAUGCCUGCUCAUUUCAAGGUGCGAACGUUCAGUGCAAGAAGAAAAAGAAGUCAAAGCACAAGCCUAGUGAUGGUGGCGAAAAUCAGUGGUCUGAGAUGAGUGCCAAGCAACAAGAAGAGAGGCUAAUGGGAGACCCAGCAGAGAUAGCGACAAUGCCCGAGGAACCCUGCUGGGAAGGGGGUGCCUCUAAGAGACGGAGAAAACCGAAACACGCUGAUGACAGUGAGCAGACCCUACACGAACCUACUGCAUCACAUACAGAGCUUUACUCUGAGGACGUUGUAUCUCAGCGGGUCAAAAGAAAGUCGAGGCAUAAGUCUCGUGACGGUGACGAAAGUCAGGCGCCCGAGACCAUCACGUCAUUUGCAGAGGGUGCCUUGGAAGAUGACACCCCUAGGAGACGGAAAAGAUCUAAGUGUACAGCCGAGAAGGUUUCUGAAAAUGAUGAGCAAGCUGUGCUCGAAACUACCGUGUCACAGGUGGACUUUCACACGGAGGACAGUGCGCCACGAGUCAAGAAAAAGUCCAAGCUCAAGCCUGAUCAUGGCAGUGCAAGUCAGGGGCUUCAGGCUAAUGGUAGUGAGCAAUGGGGCGAUGGGGACUAUUGCUUCAGUGAAGCAGUCCCGUCCUCCACAAAGCACUCGGUGGAGGAUGACGUACCUAAGCAAACAAAGAAGCCAAAAUCUCAGCCAAGUCCAAGUACGGAUGGCAUUUUGAAACCACUGACUGGUACCGUUUUGCCAGCUUCGGAUUUUUGCUCCGAGGAAAGCAUGCCACAACAGAAGGCCAAAAAAAAGCCGAAGCACCGGCCUACUCCCAGUGUGGUUGACGAAGAGCAACCAGAGACCUGCAGAAAGGAAACAGCGGGCACGGGCCUGAAGGAGCCACUUUUGGAGCUUUGCUUAGAGGAAGAGCUGCCGAAGCGAGCAACAAGAAAGCCUAAACUGAAAGCAUCUGAAGUUCCAGACAAAACGGACAAACCUAAGGGUCAUACAGAGUCUGCAGAGGAUAUAAGGGCAGCAGAUAGGCGCUCUGGUAAAACCUCCCCUUUGGCUUCUGGGCAAUGUGAAGCAGUGGUUGAGCAGCAUGGAAAAUCGAAGAAGAAACUGAAGCGUGAUCUGGCUGAGGAAGAGGACAAACAGAUUGAACGAGAAGACUACAUGCAGGUUGGAAAUGGAUGCACAAGUAAGGCCACUGUGUUGGCUGCCAACGCUGAGGCGCUCUCAGAGGAUUGCGAACUCAGGAAGUCUAAGCAAAAGCAGGAGGAAAAGAAAAGAGAGGACGCAGCCGAGUUGCAUGCCAAAGGUAAAGCCAGGAAGGGGUCCAGUCAACUGCAGGAAGCAGCAUCCAAGAAAUGCGAACAGGAGCAAGAGCAAAAUGACGAAUACGAGAACCAGAUCGAAGGAGCCCGGGUUAAAACCAAGACAGCGUCUAAACGAAAGCCGAAAGAAGACACAUCGUCAAGCGAGACAAAUCUGCAGCAAGAACAGACCAAUCAGAACACUAAAGGUACGAAACGACCUAAACAAGGACUGGAGGACAUAGCAGCACCCAAGAAGCGUCAUUCAGAAGAACGAGUUGUCCAAACAAGUAAUAUACCUCUGAAAAAACAGAAGGAAGGAUCAAAAUCUGCAGGGUCUAAGCUGAAGCAAGAAGAAGAAGGAACUACAACCAAGCCGGUUUCAGAAAAGCCUGUUCAAGCUUCACGUCCAACAUUCGUGCCAGGACACUGUCAAAGGAACGCCAUGGCUAGGAGUGCUGCCUCGAGCCAUUGCGAAGGGCCCCGCCCACGUCGCAUCGCAUGUAGCCUGGGCAGGCUUGAGACAGGGACCUGGGAGCCCUACUUCAAGCCCAACGUCAACUUGCGAGCCAUAGACGGCGGCACCGCCGCAUCGAUGGCUCAGUGGGUCGUUGACACGGUGGAGGAUUCGGGCAACAAGAUCACGCCUUACAAGGCGUGUCACCUCGACAAGGAGGCAUACGCAAUGAUGCUCGGCGACCACAUUUACAGGUGGCACAGCACUUCCAACUGGAUGCAGAUUCCGGGAUACGGAAGCGACUCUUGGUUGCAAGGCACCAUUAAGUUUUUGGCAGCCAGCAUGCGGUUAAAGCACCCAAAAGACGCUCCAGCGUCAUAAGCUGUUUUCAAGUAGGGUCAUGGGACAGAGUGACAUUGCUUGAAGACAAGUCGGAUGCGUUCUUGGACUCGGGACCUCACACUUUAUGGAAAAUUCCAUGGUGGAGUGACCAUAGAUUGGUGGACAGCCGUAACAGCACGCUUGUGUGAACUGUGGGUUGUUUUACCGCCUCCUGAGGUGUCGGACAAGAAACAAUGCGAUAAUGCUUGCUUCUUCUCUUCUGCAACAUCGUUUUACUGGACAGCUCUGUUGACCUGAGUGCGUUAGGUUAUAACUGACCGUGCUCCUUGUAAAUAAGUUCGCCCAGAUACACGUAUUAACAACUAUGUCAGCAUGAAACAAUGCUUAAUUACUGUUGAUUUUAUGUAGGAGGACUUCGCAAACAGACUUUGAUGCGAAAUAUUUUUUCAAUUUAUCACUGUACAUAGAGCUGCAAUUUUAAGCACGUACAGCCAGGUCAUACUUUCAAGUGCCACAGUGCCAGUGUCGCUUUGUAGUCUUCAUGCUUGUUCAAGUACAAUGAAUUUAUUUUAUGUAUUUGUGGAGUCAGUCUAUCAUUGCAUCCACACGCAAGCUUUUCAAGUUGCAUUCGUGAAUUCUCGAGUUUCCUCAAAAAAAAAAGAAUAUAAUAAUGUUUUUCAAGGGCGAGUGGUACUGCAGAUAUAAGCGGCCUGUAGAGGAAGGAUACAACUCAUGCUAUUUUGGGCCACAAGAUCUAGCCAUCCUUGCGUUUCUUGAUCUGGGGUUUAAAUUUCGAACAUGCAUCUCGACAUGGCCCAAGAUUCAGUGUUGCUGAAUGCAUUUCUCUUACUGGAAAGAAAGUAUGAUAAAGUGCCACGAAAACAGCCACCAGAUUUUCUGAUGCAACUGCGAGAAUAUUACAGGCACUAAAUUGUUGACGGUGCUUUAGUCACUGUUAAUUUUAUUUAAGUUAUAGUGUCAUAAGGCAAAAAUAAAAGGAGGAAACAGCUAAAGUGUCACAGUUCACGUGUUUGUUACGAAAAAGCCGGGAUGUAAUAUCGGCCAGAGAGUCAUGGAAUGCCUGAUAAAUAAAGCAAAAAAAAGUUACUUUGUCACA